AGUAAUUAAUUUAUGAUUAUUUUAAUAAAAAACUUAUUAUAUAUUUUGAUGGACCAGCAUAUUUUUCUAAAAAUUCUAAGAAUGACUGUGGUGAUGACAUAUGGCUACAAAAAUGUUAUAAUGCUUUUCUUUUAAUAUAUAGGGGAUAUAUAGGGGAUUGUCUACUCAUUAACAAACAACUCAUGUUAUUAAGGUCAAUGGGCGGCCAACCAUAUUUAUUUUCUUUUUAAAUUCUUUUUUUAUUAUCGACAUGGUAUUAUACUAAAAUAAAAAUAUGAACAAAUUGCACUUAUACAUACAAUAUAUGCAUAUAGGUGGACGUGUAUAUAAAUAUAAGGAUUGUGUCUCACCACAACACAUAUUUUGAUAACCUUCACUUUCCAUUUUCCUCUCUAACUUCCCUCUUCUUGAUAGAUCUCUCUUGGUUGAUACUCAUGGAUCCACCAUUCAACGAAAUAUACAAAAACCUUUUGUUUAAACAGAUCACAAAUACAGAAAACAAUGUUCCCCAAAUACCCUUUAGCUUCUCUAUCACGGCUGUCGUCGAAGAGGUGGAGCUUCCAGUGAUUGACGUCAGCCGACUAAUCGAUGGAGCCGAGAAGGAGAGGGAGAUAUGUAAGGAAGAGAUUGCUAGAGCCUCGAGGGAGUGGGGAUUUUUCCAAGUGAUAAACCAUGGAAUAUCAAUGGAUGUGUUGGAGAAGAUGAGACAAGAGCAAAUUAGGGUAUUUAGAGAACCCUUUGACAAGAAAAGUAAGUCGGAGAGGUUCUCCGCCGGGAGUUACCGGUGGGGAACGCCGUCAGCCACUUGUCUCCGGCAGCUUUCUUGGUCGGAAGCAUUUCAUGUUCCCAUGACAGAUAUUUCUGACAACAAGGAUUUUACUACCCUCAGAUCAACAAUGGAGAAAUUUGCUUCGGAAUCGGAGGCUCUAGCUUAUACUUUGGCAGAGGUUCUUGCAGAGAAAUCAGGAAGAAAAUCAAAUUUCUUUAAAGAAAAAUGUGUUAGAAACACAUGUUAUUUAAGGAUGAACCGUUAUCCACCUUGUCCAAAACCAUCAGAGGUGUACGGUUUAAUGCCUCACACGGACAGUGAUUUCCUCACAAUCUUGUAUCAAGACCAAGUCGGAGGACUCCAACUCAUUAAAGACAAUAGAUGGAUCGCCGUUAAACCUAACCCUCGUGCUCUCAUUAUCAAUAUUGGUGACCUAUUUCAGGCAUGGAGCAAUGGCAUGUACAAAAGUGUGGAGCAUCGUGUGAUGACGAAUCCAACGGUGGAGAGAUUCUCAACGGCGUAUUUUCUGUGUCCAUCAUACGACGCCGUUAUAGAGUGUUCAGGUGAUUGUCCUACUUAUAGAAAUUUCAGCUUCAGAGAAUUCAGACAACAAGUUCAAGAAGAUGUUAAGAAGCUUGGUUAUAAAGUUGGCCUCCCUAGGUUCGUUAAUCAUCUUUACUGAUUUAUACACUCAGUUUUUAAUUUACUUUUAGAUGUUUAUGAUUUAUUGUAAUUUAACGUUUUUAAUUACUCCUUAUUUUUCAUUAUCA